CUUUUUUUUUCUCUUUUCUGCAGCAUCAGUACCGAGGACGCACAAGCACACUGUGAAAAAAAGGACAAAACGGGGGGAAAAGAUCAUUCCUUUUUUUAAAAAAAGAAAACAACAACACUCAAGCCCUUCUUUAAGGAAAGAAAGAAAACAGGACAUUUGUAAAGAGAAAGGAGGAGUCCGGGGGGGAAAAGCGUCGGACGCGUCAAGAAGAGCUGGAAAAGCCGCUUUCUUUCCAUUCUUUUUCUUUUUUUGGUAGCCAGCGCACCACGGCGGGGGAACGAUGAAGGACCGCACACAGGAACUGCGGAGUGCUAAGGACAGCGAUGAUGAUGAGGAAGUUGUUCACAUCGACCGAGGAAACUUUAUGGAUGAGUUCUUCGAGCAGGUGGAGGAGAUUCGCGGCUGCAUUGAGAAGCUGUCGGAGGACGUGGAGCAGGUGAAGAAACAGCACAGCGCCAUACUGGCCGCUCCCAAUCCUGAUGAGAAAACCAAGCAGGAGUUGGAGGAUCUCACAGCUGACAUUAAGAAGACAGCCAAUAAAGUACGCUUAAAAUUAAAAGCAAUCGAGCAGAGCAUUGAACAGGAGGAGGUGAUGAACAGAUCAUCGGCAGACCUGCGAAUCCGCAAGACACAGCAUUCCACCCUGUCACGCAAGUUUGUGGAGGUGAUGACCGAGUACAACACGACGCAGUCCAAAUACAGAGACCGCUGCAAAGACCGCAUUCAGAGACAGCUGGAGAUCACUGGAAGAACAACCACCAAUGAAGAGCUGGAGGACAUGCUGGAGAGCGGGAAACUCGCCGUCUUCACCGAUGAUAUUAAGAUGGACUCCCAGAUGACCAAGCAGGCCCUGAACGAGAUCGAAACUCGUCACACAGAGAUCAUCAAACUGGAGAACAGCAUCCGCGAGCUGCACGACAUGUUUGUGGACAUGGCCAUGCUGGUGGAGAGCCAGGGGGAGAUGAUUGACAGAAUUGAGUAUAACGUGGAACAUUCGGUGGAUUACGUAGAGCGAGCUGUUUCCGACACCAAGAAGGCUGUUAAAUACCAGAGUCAGGCACGCAAGAAAAAAAUCAUGAUCAUCAUCUGCUGCGUAAUCUUGGGUGUGGUCUUGGCGUCCACUAUCGGAGGAACUCUGGGCUUCUAGACUCACCAAUCGCAGACGAAGAGGAGCAAAUACACCAGACAUAUAUAUAUAUCACACCGCUAGGAGAUACAGAAACUCCUGUCGGGUUAUAAAUCACACAAAAACAAAAACACACCAAAAAAAACAAAAAACAAAAGCAUAACUAGUGGAUUAAACCAUAUACGAGAAGAGAAGGGAUCGAAUAAAUCAAUAAACAUUCUAUUUACACACUGUACAUGUAAAUGUAUUGAACAGGAGAAACAGCACAUGGGUUUAAAAACCUGUACAAAUAUAAUGCUCUUCAUUUGCUUCUUCUUUUUUUUUGUAGUUUUUUUUUUUUUGUAGUUUUUUUCUUUUCUUUUCACUUGUUUGGAAGCAUUUAAUUUUUUUCCAGGUGUUUAUUCCAGGACAGCGCCAUCGGCUAUGUUUCCUUACAACGUUUAGAUCGUGUACUUCCUCUCAAGGGUAUGUCAGAAAAUGAAACUGAAUAGCGGUCAUGGUUUCGUCAGGAGGGACUCCCUACAGCCGUCAGCCGUCAAUCACUUCCUACACCCGCACAGCGCUUCAUACACCCGCACAGCGCUUCAUACACCCGCACAGCGCUGCAUACACCCGCACAGCGCUUCCUACACCCGCACAGCGCUUCCUACACCCGCACAGCGCUUCAUACAGCCGCACAGCGCUUCAUACAGCCGCACAGCGCUUCAUACAGCUGCACAGCGCUUCAUCUCAAUCAGACAAAACUAGUCUUCAAAAAUUCAGGCAGGAAAAAAAGAUAAAGGUGUUAAAUGGACAUGGAGGAGUGAGUGAGCAUGCCUGUAAACUAACACACACACACACACACACACACACACACACACGUGCGUAACACGCCACUAGGAGAGACGUGUCAAACUAUGCAGCUUUCAUACAGAGACAAACCUGCUUUUAAUAUCCUUUAAUGUGGAGAGUAAAAUCCGUUAUAAAUAAAAAUGAACAUUUAUUGUAGGGAAUGUUAACAGAUUAGCACGUGACUAGAUUCAAGUUUGUUAAUAUUUCAGUGAUUUGUGAUUUAUAUAUGCAACACCACUGCUGCUUUAUUAUUUUUGCAGAUUUUAACCCUGAAAUAGUGACAUCACUUUUUGUUUCUUUUGUGCUGUUUAAUAACUAUUUAUUUAUUUAUUUAUUUUGCUAUCAUCUCUGAGUAGCUUAAACGUUGUUUUAACUCCUAAAGACUUAAAAGAAUUUCGGCUGCGUCCCAAAUUCUCAGCUACACCCUACGCAGGGAACUUAUAUAAGUAGAACACGCCCACUCUUCCACCAAUCAGAUGAGACAUGUUCAAACGCUACACUCAAGGACUUAUCGGUGUCCAUCAGAAAAGGAAGGUUGUUACUGGUGUAGACCGGGCGUUCAUCUUUUCUCUCAGUUCAUCUUCCUCAAACCCGACACGAACUACUAAAACCUCGCCAAAGACCGCCUCUGAUUGGCUGACGCGUGUACACAUCAGCGUGAGUUAAGCUCUGGUGUGCUUUUAUUUAAACGGAUGACGGAGCGUAAUGUCCAUCAACACAUUGUUCUCUUUGAUAUAAAUAUGAUGGUGUGCUUUUUUUUCAGUUUUUUUUUUUGAAGAAUAACAAAAAGGCCUGUGUGUACAUGAAGCUCCGCCUCCAACACCUCCCAUAACUGAAAGGAACCGCCCCAUAUUUCAGGUACAGGCACUAAAAAAAACCCGUCGGGAGCUCGAUCCGAGGAAAAGAACUUUAAAUCAGCGGUGUUGCGUCCGGACUGUGGAGUGUAAAACACGGCUGCAGCGAUGAAUUCAGCUACAUGAUAUUAUAUUAUAUUAUAUUAUAAACGUGAUAAAAUGUGAGAAUAAUUGUAAAAGCUCCAGUCCACAUGGAGUGCACUUCGAGUCCCUCCGUUCGAAACGCGACCCUCGCUUUGCUUUAUGGUGUGUAUGAUAUUAGCGUGUUUGCGUUACUGUAAUAUGGUGUGUGUUAUAUCUCACUGCAGCAUGGUUUAGUCGUGUGUGUCGAGUGUCCGAUCACGUACAUGUACGGGGUUCAAUAUGCGCGUUGUCGUCCUCGCUGUUUAUUUUUACUCUUUGUCAAAAAGGCAUGCAGCGUCUGAUUGGUCGGUUUUUGCAUGAUGAUUUAUUGAUCAAGUGUGCACUUUACAGUCCGAGAACACACACCAUCACACAGGUCAGCUUUUACCUACAAGGCUGUGAUGGGGGGGGGGGG